CUUCCACUUCCCUCCCUCCACCUCCUUCAACCUCUCCUCGCCCGCACCGUGGUAUCGCAGCCCGUAGGUUGGACCGUCACGUUGGUUCGACUUGGACUGCACUCCUGCCGCGCUCCUGAGGCUUCGCAGCACCGGCUUCAGCUUGAUUUUGGUACCAACGCGGCAACUCGUUUGAUUUUCAGAAUCUUCUCACAGUGUUGACCAUCUGCAUCAGUCGCAAUGGAGCAUUCUGGAGACACCCAGGUUGCCGCCGCGCCUAGCAUUCCCAGCAACAAUGUCCCCGGCUGGGUUGGCCGCGAAGCUUUCAACCAUAUCACUACCACCAGUGGCUACGGACAGCAUGAGUGGGACGGAAGUGCUCGCGUGUAUCAGUGGAGUGAGGAAUUUGGUGACGUUGGACCCAAAUUCCCUGAACUCGAACUGGAGCUCUUUGGCGAUCCUGCUCUCCGCCACGAGCGUGCGGGCCUCGAUUUUGCAAAGAUUGAUCGAAUCGAGGUCCAGCAAGAGGGCCCAGUCAAGAUCAACCCGGUCCGGACUUUCAAAGACGCCGGACUCCAUCCGUUGAUGCUCGAGAAUGUCGAAUUGGCCGGCUAUGACACCCCAACGCCGAUUCAAAAGUUUACGAUCCCUGCCAUGCUCCAGGGUUACGAUGUCAUUGGCAUCGCUCAAACUGGAUCGGGAAAAACUGCCGCAUACUUGAUUCCAAUUCUCAGCAAACUCAUGGGCAAAGCGAAGAAGUUUGCCGCUCCACGACCCAAUCCGUCCACUUUCGUCGAGGGCCGCGAUGAGGUGGUGGCGGAGCCGCUGGUGCUCAUUGUGGUUCCUACGCGAGAACUGGCCGUGCAGAUUUUCAAUGAGGCACGGAAAUUCUGCUACCGUACCAUGCUCCGUCCAGGAGUAUUGUAUGGUGGCGCCCCCAUCCGGCAGCAGCUUGCGCUUCUCAAUCGUGGCUGUGACGUCCUGGUCGGUACUCCAGGCCGCUUGAUUGACUUUAUCGGCCGCCCGAACGUCCUGACACUUAGACGCCUUCGUUACAUGGUCAUUGAUGAGGCGGAUGAGAUGCUGGACUGCGAUUGGAAUGACGAGCUUGGACAGAUACUGAGUGGUGGAGAACAAGAUGAAGGCAACGUGAAGUACGGUCUCUUCUCGGCCACGUUCCCCAAGGCUGCUCGCGACUUGGCCAAGGAUCACCUGUCAUCGUCUCACGUGCGUUUUCGCGUCGGCCGUGCGGGAAGCACGACCGAAAAUAUCAAACAGACCAUCAUCCAGGCGGAACGGGACGAGAAACGACAAGUUCUGGCUCGACUCCUGGGCGAGAUGCAUGGUGUUCGAACGAUCAUUUUCACCAACAGUCGACAGGAAGUAGACAGUCUUGACGACUUCCUGUACAACAUGCAGCUGCCGGUCACCUCGAUUCAUCGGGACCGGACGCAACAAGAGAGAGAAUGUGCACUGCGAGGCUUCCGAUCCGGCAAGGCGCCGAUUCUCAUCGCCACCGGCGUGAUGGCUCGUGGAAUCGACGUGCGCAAUGUCAUGCACGUCAUCAACUACGACCUGCCAUCCAUGGAUCACGGCGGCAUUGAGGAGUACACGCACCGUAUCGGUCGAACCGGUCGAAUCGGCCACCGUGGCCUGGCCACGUCCUUCUUUUCGGAGAGAGACGAGCCAAUGGCCAGUGUCCUCACUCGCACCUUGCUCGAGACCAAGCAGGAUAUUCCGGAAUUUCUGCAGAUGUAUGUUCCGGACGGUCCAGACGCCGAGAAGCCCAAGUUCGAGACCGACUCGGACUUUGAUGCCGAGGACAUUGCUGCCCGCGGCCAAGAGGGUGGCGACGAGGGUGGUGGAGAUACUUGGGGCGGAGGCGACGCGGCCACUGCAAGCAACGCCUGGGCUGGUGGCCAGAACACCGAAGAUGGCAACGGCGGGGGCGGCGGUGGAUGGGGAGCUCCUACCUCGGCUGCCAACGCCGGAGACGGUGGCUGGGGAGCGCCUGCUUCGGGUCCAACUGGAUGGUAGAUGUGCCUUGCAACGCGGUCACGCUGAAAGCCAUGAGCGUGGCCACCCUACAGGCACCAAUCGCAAAGGGGAAUGUGAGGAACAAGAUGACGAUGGAGCAGUUCGGCAAUGUAGUCUAGAUUGCGAGACCGCUACGACUGUGGCGGGCAAGCACCGUAUGGGGC